AUGGCUGCCGCCAUCACCAGCUGGGUGCUCAACCCAAUCCAAUCUUUGACAAUGUCUCGACCACGUACUCGCAAAUUAUGGUGCGCUGUCCCUGGCAACCUUAGGCGGCCAUUCUCUAUUGAGUGUAUUGCAGACCAAGACGAUAUUGAGACACUCAUGAAGAAAAUAUGGGAAGAAAUCAAGGAAGACAUCAAGAGAACUACACCCCACUACAGCCGACUCUCUCUCUACAGCCCUGUGGUGCAACUCAAUGAUGAAGAGGAGUUCAGGAUUGAUGAUGGUGAAUUCCUACAUCCACGCCGAAUGAUUACAUCACUCUUCCCCAAAAGCGAGGAUCCAGAUGUGGAUAUUGUUGUUGUGAGCGGAGAUAUCACUACACGGAAACGGAAGCGCUCUGAAUCACAAAGUGUGAAUAUAUCUUGGACACAUCCCAGAACAGAAAAUCGAUUGAUAUGCCCUCGAGAGCGUACAGUGUCAAAACUUGCGGCCAUUUUGGAUGAAGUGAACAUAGUCCAUGUGCGUGGAACUCCAGCCAGUGGGAAAACACGUCUCUCUGAACUCUUGAGAGACUACUAUCGCAAAGAGGGAAGAAAGGCUUUCUUGAUCAAGAAAUGGGAAGAACUUGAUUCUGAGGAUCCCUGGGGCAGUCUUAUUGAGCUUGUCAAAAAAAAGAAUAAGGAACUAGAAGGUGUCUCCACCACUAGUUUCACUGUGACUUCAUCACAAUCCGAACAUGAUCUCUCUUGGGUUUUGACAUCAAACACUGUUAUUAUUGUGGAUGAGGCACAGGCGACCUACAGUGAUGAUACGCUCUGGAACACAAUCUUCAAGGAGAGACUAACCCCUAAUGUUUACAAAUUUCGACUAUGUCUUUUCUGCUCUUACGGCAGUCCAGCAGCAGGCCCAGAUCCAACAUUCUUCACUCCAGUCAAGUUUUCUGACGAACAACGCAUCUCAUUGACGCCACAAAACCAGCAAGACUCACCACCUAUUGGUCUAUUUUAUGACAAAGAAGAGUUCAGGGAUGUCAUUUCACGAUUGCUUACAUUUCAUUAUGAAGAGACAUUCAAUUUUGAUGAGGGUGCCCUGGAGUAUAUAUUUGCAGUAACAAAUGGCCAUCCAGGAGCGGUGACAUCGAUAGUUGAUGUAAUUUACGAGGCCUAUCGCCAUGACAUCAAGCGUGGAUGUAUCAGUACCUUGACAGAAGAUCAUGUCAUCUGGUUCCUGGAGGACACUGCCACAGUUUUUGACAAACUAAGAAGCAAGCCAGUUAAUCGCUCUUUUCCAGAUAUAUCAAGAGCUACAAAUGGAAUCUCAGUCAUAUUGAGCAAAAUUACAGAAGGAAGUAUUCCAUUUGAUAUCAAUGAUGCAAGCAUCAAGUUCUGUUACCAGAAAGGUUGGAUUCACAGAGUAGCUCUGGAUGGUGGUGAUGUUGCAGUUCUGCCAUCGCGCUUACAUGAAAAAUAUGUUGAAUAUUGGAUUGGCAAAAUGUCAAUGCCCCUUCCUGCCAGAUUUGACUCACUACCGAAAUUAUGCAAAGAAGUUCUGGGUGAAUUCUCCAUCACGAUCCUGAGGCAUUCAGCUGAGGGCAAAAAGAUAUCAACUGCAUCACAACCCAGACCUGUGGAAGCCCAAUAUCAGGAUGAAUUCCACAGGGGAUUUGUCCACCUAGCUGGGCUAGGCGUACCAAUAUCCAGUGAAUGGUCAAGAACUAAGGACGGUCGAGUGGAUUUCUAUAUCCCAGAAAAGAAAUGGGCGAUUGAAUUAUUGAGAGAUCACAAUAGAGUUGAUGAACAUAUCUCUCGAUUCAAGGAGGGUGGAAAAUAUCAUCCCUGGCUAAAAGAGAAUAUGAUCAAGGAUUGGAUCAUAAUCGACUGUGCGACUUCUUUGCCAACCAAAGAGUUCUCUGAGCCUAGGCUGUGGAAUGCUGUAUUCAUCAAUGAUUAUUCUGAAUUGCGGCUGUAUAACCAUCAGAAAGCUCUUAUUAUGUCUGUGCAUCUACAUAUUUGA